AAGAGUCUCUCCGACGGCCCCGCCCGAGCCCCAGUCUCUGCUGCUGCUGCUGCGUCCGCGUCCCUGGCUCCGGCGAGACCUGCCCAGGAAAAUGUCUGACGGUUUUUCGCUUUCCGAUGCCAUUUCUGGGUCCAACAACCCAAACCCAAACCCAAACGCACAGCCUACUCCUUGGGGAAACCAGCCUGCAUACCCUGGAGCACCUGGGGCAUACCCCGGUGCACCUGGCGCAUAUCCUGGCGCACCUGGUGCAUAUCCCGGCGCACCUGGUGCAUAUCCUGGAGCACCGGCCCCUGGUGCAUACCCCGGCGCACCUGGCGCAUAUCCUGGAGCACCAGCACCUGGCACAUACCCUGGUGCACCUGGCGCAUACCCUGGAGCACCUGGAUGGCCAGCAGCACCUAACACAUACUUUGGAGGGCCACCGGCACCACGCUCAUCUACGGACACAUCAGGGACCUUUCCUUCAGACACGUCAGGAAUGUAUCCUGCUCCUGGACAGCCCUCAGGAGGCAGUGGAGGAGCACAACCAAACGCACCGCCGAGUGCACCUUCUGUUCCAAUGAAAGUUCCCUUCGACCUCCCCCUGCACUCCGGAUGUGUGCCUCGCUUGUUAAUAACUAUUGUGGGGGCCGUGAAUCCCAACGCAAAGGGCUUCAAGUUUGACUUCAAGAAAGGGAACGAUGUCGCCUUUCACUUUAACCCCCGCUUCAACGAGAACAACAAGAGAGUCAUUGUGUGCAACACGAAGCUUCAGGACACCUGGGGGAGGGAAGACCGGACAGCUCCCCGCUUCCCUUUUGAGGCUGGGAAACCUUUCAAGAUCCAGGUCUUGUGUGAAGUAGAUCAUUUCAAGAUAGCUGUCAACGACGCCCACCUGAUGCAGUACAACCACCGUAUCAAAGAGCUGAAUCAGAUCACCAAGCUGUGCGUUGAUGGGGACAUCAGCCUCACCAGCGUCACCCCUGCCAUGAUUUAACUUCUGGCUCCCGCCAACUCUAUGCUCCAUGUACACGUUCAAGCAGCAUUCUUAUGCAAUAUACCAGCGAUAUUAAGUUUGUAGGCAAAAAUCGUAAAUAAAAUGUACAACAAGCUAACCAAAAA